CUUAAUAUUAUUUCUCUUCUCCUCAAACACUCCCCAACCCCAAAUUUCCAAAUUAUCAAUAACAUAAAAAAGAGAGAAAGGAUCAAGAAAGUGGCAAGCCAAAUUCUAAAGCUCUCAAAUUUUCUCUCCCUUAUUACCGGAACAACAAUUUUCCAUGGAGGUUAGCCGCAAAAUGGUCAACAUGCUGGAAACUGAUCUCUGCCUCGGCCUUCCCGGCGGUGGCGCUGAGCCGGAGACUCCCAAAGCUAAUGGAAAAAGAGGGUUCUCUGAAACUGUUGAUUUGAAACUCAAUAUCCAAUCUAAGCCAGGAGUUACCGUCGAUCUCACUCCACAGAAUAAUGAUACUUCAACUGAUGAGGAGAGUCUCAUAGCCUCUAAAGAUCCUGCAAAGCCACCUGCCAAGGCACAAGUUGUGGGAUGGCCACCCGUGCGAUCCUACCGGAAGAAUGCGAUGUCCCAAAAGAGCUCUGAAGCCGGAGAAAAAGGCGGAAGCAGCGGCGGUUCAGCUAUGUUUGUCAAAGUUUGUAUGGAUGGCGCGCCUUAUCUGCGAAAGGUCGACCUGAAGAUGUACAAAAGCUACCAAGAGCUCUCGAACGCCUUGGCCAAGAUGUUCAGCUCCUUCACCAUGGCCGGUGACUAUGGGGCCCAAGGAAUGAUAGACUUCAUGAAUGAAAGCAAGUUGAUGGAUCUUCUGAACAGCUCUGAGUAUGUGCCAACUUAUGAAGAUAAGGAUGGUGAUUGGAUGCUGGUUGGAGAUGUACCUUGGGAGAUGUUUGUUGAUUCAUGCAAGCGCUUAAGGAUAAUGAAAGGAUCAGAAGCUAUUGGACUUGCCCCAAGAGCAAUGGAAAAAUGCAAAAGCAGAAGCUAAAGAGGGCGGUGGUUCCAUGAUUUGGUCGACCCAUAAUUAAGCAACAAAGAAGGAGGCAAGACAGAUGGAUCGAGCAUAUGGAUCUUGUUUGAUUGCAAUAUCUGUACUUUUUUUCUUUUCUUUUUUUUCUUUUUUUUGCUUUUUUUUCUUCUUUAAUUUUAAUUUUUAAUGUUUUAUGAUUCGUAUAUAGAUAUUAAAAGAGAUUUGGGACAUUAAUUAAUUUGUAAUAGCCAACAAGGAAAAAAAAAAAUAAACUCUCUCUCCUAGUACUCUGUCUGGCUGUUUGUUUGUUUUGCUUUUAAAAUGUCUGUUUAAUUAUUACCCAAAAAAGAAAAAAAAGAACUAUAAUGGGCUUUGCUUUUUAUA